CCUCUGAGAACCCAGCAAAGAGCACUGAGGAAGCAAUGAGGCUGGAUAUUGUGCAGUGAAGGAGGGAGAGGACGCUCACUGCCCAGAGACUGGACUGUGUCAUCAGAAUGAGAACUUACCGGUACUUCUUGCUACUCUUUUGGGUUGGCCAACCCUAUCCGACUCUCUCAAGUCCAUUAUCUAAGAGGACUAGUGGUUUCCCAGCAAAGAAAAGGGCCUUGGAGCUCUCUGGAAACAGCAAAAAUGAGCUGAAUCGUUCAAAAAGGAGCUGGAUGUGGAAUCAGUUCUUUCUCCUGGAGGAGUACACAGGAUCCGAUUAUCAGUAUGUGGGCAAGUUACAUUCAGACCAGGAUAGAGGAGAUGGAUCACUUAAAUAUAUCCUUUCAGGAGAUGGAGCAGGAGAUCUCUUCAUUAUCAAUGAAAACACAGGGGACAUACAGGCCACCAAGAGACUGGACAGGGAAGAAAAACCCGUCUACAUUCUCCGAGCUCAAGCUAUAAACAGAAGGACAGGGAGACCCGUGGAGCCUGAGUCUGAAUUCAUCAUCAAGAUUCAUGACAUCAACGACAACGAACCAAUAUUCACCAAGGAGGUUUACACAGCCACGGUUCCCGAAAUGUCUGAAGUGGGCACAUUUGUUGUCCAAGUCACUGCCACUGAUGCCGAUGACCCCACGUAUGGGAACAGUGCCAAAGUCGUCUAUAGUAUCCUGCAGGGGCAGCCCUACUUUUCAGUUGAAUCAGAAACAGGUAUCAUCAAGACUGCUUUACUCAAUAUGGAUCGAGAAAACAGGGAGCAGUACCAAGUGGUGAUUCAAGCCAAGGAUAUGGGCGGUCAGAUGGGGGGAUUAUCCGGGACCACCACAGUGAACAUCACAUUGACUGACGUCAACGACAAUCCUCCCCGCUUCCCCCAGAGUACCUACCAAUUCAAAACCCCUGAAUCUUCUCCACCGGGCACACCCAUUGGCAGGAUCAAAGCCAGCGAUGCAGAUGUGGGAGAAAAUGCUGAAAUUGAGUACAGCAUCACAGAGGGAGAGGGGCUGGACAUGUUUGAUGUCAUCACCGACCAGGAAACCCAGGAAGGAAUUAUAACUGUCAAAAAGCUCCUAGAUUUUGAAAAGAAGAAAGUAUACACCCUCAAAGUAGAAGCCUCCAACCCUCACAUUGAACCCCGUUUUCUCUACCUGGGGCCAUUCAAAGAUUCUGCCACAGUGAGAAUCAUGGUGGAGGAUGUCGAUGAGCCCCCCAUCUUCAGCAAACUGGCCUACGUCCUACAAAUAAGAGAAGACGCUCAGAUAAACACAACCAUAGGCUCCGUCACAGCCCAAGACCCAGAUGCCGCCAGGAAUCCUGUCAAGUAUUCUGUUGAUCGACAUACAGAUAUGGACAGAAUAUUCAACAUUGAUUCUGGAAAUGGUUCCAUUUUUACAUCAAAACUUCUUGACCGAGAAACCUUGCUGUGGCACAACAUUACAGUGAUAGCAACAGAGAUCAACAAUCCAAAGCAAAGCAGCCGGGUACCCCUAUAUAUCAAAGUUCUAGAUGUCAAUGACAACGCCCCAGAAUUUGCAGAAUUCUAUGAAACCUUUGUCUGUGAAAAGGCUAAAGCAGAUCAGCUGAUUCAGACCCUACGGGCUGUGGACAAGGAUGACCCUUACAGCGGGCACCAAUUCUCAUUCUCUUUGGCCCCCGAAGCAGCUGGUGGUUCAAACUUUACCAUUCAAGACAACAAAGACAAUACGGCAGGAAUCUUAACUCGGAAAAAUGGCUACAACAGACACGAGAUGAGCACCUACCUCCUGCCGGUGGUCAUUUCAGACAAUGACUAUCCGGUCCAAAGCAGCACUGGGACCGUGACCGUCCGGGUGUGUGCGUGUGACCACCACGGGAACAUGCAGUCCUGCCACGCCGAGGCCCUCGUCCACCCCACGGGGCUGAGCACCGGGGCACUGGUCGCCAUCCUCCUGUGCAUCGUCACCCUGCUAGUGACAGUGGUGUUGUUUGCAGCGCUGAGAAGGCAGCGGAAAAAAGAACCUUUGAUCAUUUCCAAAGAGGAUAUUAGAGACAACAUUGUCAGUUACAACGACGAAGGGGGUGGGGAGGAGGACACCCAGGCCUUUGACAUCGGCACCUUGAGGAACCCCGAAGCCAUAGAGGACAACAAAUCGCGCAGGGACAUUGUGCCCGAAGCCCUUUUUCUACCCCGACGGACUCCUGCAGCUCGAGAUAACACCGACGUCCGAGAUUUCAUCACCCAAAGGCUUAAGGAAAAUGACACGGACCCCACCGCCCCGCCCUACGACUCCCUGGCCACGUAUGCUUAUGAAGGCACCGGCUCUGUGGCCGAUUCCCUGAGCUCGCUGGAGUCGGUGACCACGGAUGGAGACCAGGACUAUGAUUACCUUAGUGACUGGGGCCCGCGCUUCAAGAAGCUGGCGGAUAUGUACGGAGGGGCGGACAGUGACAAGGACUCCUAAUAUGUUGCCUUUUUCAUUUUCCAGUGCAGCACUGAAAUAUGUGAAGUGGCUGUUUCCUGCUAUUUAUCCACGCCUCCGUGAAGGGUUCUCUGUUCUGCCCGUUCUGAAAGUCGAUGGCUGCAGCCCUCGUGGAUCCAAUGUUAGAGACUUUUUUUCUAGUACACUUUUAUGAGCUCCCAAGAGGCAAAUGUUUAUUUUUUAGUGCAUCCAGUUAACGAUGUCGGUCCAGUAGGCACCUUGCUUGGAGGCGGGCUGGAAUCUCACUUCCCCUGGUUGUCUUGGGACGCGGCUAGGAGUGUUCAGUUCCCCCAGCCUUGUCUUUUUGCUACAUUCGAUUGGUGCGAGGCAUCUACUGCCCUGUCUGUCCAUGGCGCAUGCCAGUGGGAAGAGGGACCGUGCUUUAAAGAAUAAAAAUGUCAUUUCAGUAAGAGAGGAGGGAGGAGAAACUGGCAUAUCAGCUCACAAGGAGCUAAUGAGCUAUCUAGGCCUGCAGACUCCCUUUCUGCUUAGAAGAAUUUAAAAUGACAAUUGCCCAUCCUGUUUGUUCUUCAAGAACCUUUUCUAGCCCCAACUCUGAACAGCAAAUCCACCAAUGGUCCUCUUGAGGGACAUAAGUAAAUUAAAAGGAAACAGUCAAAAAACAACAACCAAAACAAACAAACAAAAAACUUCUUAAGUUCUCAUUCCUUGCCACAAAUACAUAGAUUGUUACAUAACAGAUAACAGACAUGUGAAAGUUUGCCCUUGUGCUAUAGAAAGGGGGAAAGGGAAUGGUUAAUAUUGACAAAGGAUAUAGUUAGCAUAUGUUAAAGCUUGGGCCACCAAAUGUAUUGUGGAUCGCUUGAAAUUUCAACCAUCUGUAGACUAAUUACAACUAAGUCUAAUUGCUUAAAAGUUCUUGAAGCAACUUUCUUGAGACAAAUUUUAACUCUUUGUCUGUGGUUGUUGUCGGUAUUAUGCUAAUAUACUUGAAAGUAGCAAUAUAAAGUACAACAAUUCAUAUUCUCCAGAUACUUCCUAUGCAGUUAAUUUGCAUUAGUAAAAGUAGAUUAAAUAAAACUCAGACCCUGUUCUCAGAAUUUAAUAGAGAGGUUAAGAGUCAGCUACUUCAAUCUGAUACCCUGUCUUUCACAUCCAAAACAUCUUUCUACUUAUGUAAUGUGAUCGACACGGAUGACAUGGAGAUCACAGUGGAAACAUAGAUAUUAUAUGUUUGGAAUACGCUGACCUAGGAAAAACUUGGAUUCCCUUCAGUCAGAGUGUGUAAGAUUGUAAUUAAAAUGAUAGCUGACUUUGAAAAGCAUUAACAUUUUUCACUGUUUUUCACUUUGUUUCCAUGGCAACCCUGCCAUCCUUAUCUUUGAAUUAGUGAUAAAGUAAUGGUCUCAAACUCCGACAGAAAAGUAAUAGACAAUCCAUCUAAUUUAUUAUUUCUCUAAUUAUGUAAUUAGCAUCAUCGUUAUUAUCCAGAGGACCCAACUGAACUGAAUUAAUCCUUUCAGCAGGUUCAAACCAUGUAUUUCCUAUAGCUCUUCUAAUGAUUUUUAUCAUUAGACUCUUACAUUGUGCAGUCAUCAGAAAUUUCCAAAGUACUGUAAUGUAAACAUCAUUGUUUUGAAAACUUUU